GAUGAGCCCCUCGCCGGGAGGGGCGGCGCCGCCUGGGCCGUCGGCGACUCCGACGAGUCGGGCGAGGACGUCGCCCCGGCCGCGAAGGCGAUGUGCCUUGGCCUGGGCCGCCACGCCCCGCAGGCGCCCGCGCCGAGCCGAGCAGGCAAGGGCCGCGGCAAGGGGCGAGGGGGCCGCGAGAACGAGGCCGCCAGGGCCCGCCGCGCCGCUGGCGCCGCAGGCGGCAAACGCGGCAAAGACUGCGAUUCCGACGAGCAGCCACUUGGCGGGCAUGGGAUGCAGACGCCACGGGCCGCCGCUCACCCUAGGGUCCGCGGAAGCCCCUCGGCGCCGGCGGCGACGCUGCGCUGCUCGACGAAGGUCGGCGCCGGCGGACGCGGCGACCCAGCCGCCAGCUUGGGCGCGGCCCCGUUCGCCGGCCCAGCCGUUGGCGCCGCCCCAGACGCCAGCGCCGCCCCGGCCGCCAGCGCCGGCCCAGCGGCUGGUAGCGCUGGCAGCAGAGGAGCGCUGCCGCCCCCAGGCGGAGGCGGAGGAAGGCCGACGCUGCCGCGGCAGCCGCAGCCCCCAGGCGGCGGCGACCCCGACGGCCACGUCGUGCGCGGCGAGCAGCUAUUUGACACGGUCUGCCGAAGGUCCAGCCUGCGCGAAGCCUCGGAUCUCAUGGGUCAGGUUUCUGAGAUAAAGGCGCGCGUCGCUGAUCUCCGGCAGCAGAAGACAGCCCUGGGAACUCGGCGCAGGAAGGGCCAGGUCACCGCCCAGGACGAGGCUUCGGUCAGCGCGACCAUCAACAAACUGAGCACCGCCGUUGACUUCGCGACGGCAGCGGACAAGGUGAUGAAGCAGCCGUUCACCAAGCCCAGCCCCGACUUCAUCCGGGCGUUCGCCGCGCUGGAAGGCGCCGUGGAGCAGGGCCAGGAUCCGUUGGGCAGUUUUUGGUCCGUCCAACGCGAGAAGGCCAAGAUCCACAGCUUGUCGGACGUCGGCUCUUUCCUGGCAGCCAUCGAGUCCAUGGAGAACGACAUGAUCACGGUCGGCAUCGAUGGGGGCCACAUGUCAGGCGCCAAGGCCAUCCUUCUCCGGGCUGUCUUGACCACCCACGUUAACGUCGCGGAGAAGAUGAAGACCCCGCUCGACGAGUAUCGCGAUCAGCUCGGCAAGAUGCUAGCAUCAGUGCGGAAAGGCGGCUUCCCUGAGGACGAUGUCAGCUCCAUCACAUGCGCGGUGACCAUCGGCAACGCCGCCAACGUGCCAUGCGCCGACUUGCAGUCGGCGCUGGACAGCGCCCAGAGGCCCAUGCGGGAUG